AUUUUUUAUUUUCUCAAUUUUGUGUCUGUAACGUGAAACGUCAGUGAGUGUAAUUUAAUUCGGGUUAACUAGAUUAGAAAAAAAAUUAGUUUUGUUAGUAAGUUUUUUAUCACCAAACAAUUAAUAAUUAUGUCAGUGGAUUAUCCAGGAUUUCUGUACGCUGGUACAGUUGCUGCAGGAGGAAUUAUGGGAUAUGUAAAAGCUGGUUCUAUUCCUUCCCUAGCAGCUGGUCUUAUCUUUGGGACAGCCCUGGCAAUAGGUGCCUAUCAAACCACACAAGACCCUAUGAGAUAUGGCGUGCAACUAGCCGCCAGUUCAAUUCUAGCAGGUGUAAUGGGACUGCGGUUUUACAAGUCCGGAAAAAUUAUGCCAGCAGGAGUAGUCACUUUGCUGUCUGUUGGUAUUAUUGCCAGGAUUGGGCUUAGAGCCUUGGGAAGUGGCCCAACGAAAUAUUAAAAGCAGUGGUAAUCAGGAACAUAGUUUCUUUGUUAAGUAGUUUAAGAUAUUAUAUCAUUUUAAGAUUUAUAUAAAUUUACAAUUUCUUUAGCUAAGGAUUAACCAGUUUAAGUGGUUUUAGAUGUUGGUCGUGGUUUAUUUUAGUGUUUUAAAUUUAGGAUUAAGUUAUCUUAUGAAAAACAUCGCAUUUGUUAUUAAUAUUAAACAGCAUGCAGUUGGUUAAAUUAAAUAUCUUUUAAUCGGA